AUGGUUACAGUAUUCAUGAUGAUGCUAGAAUACUCUUGGAUUACUGUGGUUCGAGAUCUGAAAGAGUACUGUAACUUCCUGAAAACGCUACAGUACGUAAAUGGAAUUCGGGCGGAACGAAGCUAUAUGCGUCAAGUGUGCGCCUACGUUCAACAAGACGAUUGUUUCAUUGGAAGUCUUACGGUAGAGGAACACUUGAAAUUCAUGGCAAAACUCAAAAUGGGCAAUGAGCACGGAUCAGAGGAACAGCAGAGACGGGUGAAAAGUGUCAUGAGAGAUCUAGGCCUUGAAAAAAUCGCCGACUCGAUCAUCGGCACCCGCACACGAAAAGGCAUCUCAGGAGGUGAGAAGAAGCGUCUCGCGUUCGCUUCGGAGAUUCUGACGUCUCCGCCGAUUCUGAUUUGCGAUGAGCCGACGUCUGGAUUGGAUUCAUUUCUUGCCUAUCAGGUGGUUUGCGUUUUGAAGAAAUUAGCGGCUACACGGAAUAUGACGAUUCUUCUGUCGAUUCAUCAACCAUCCAGUCAGGUUUUUCAACAGUUUGAUAGUGUCUACAUGAUGGUCAACGGAACAGUGGCAUUCUGUGGUCCCCAGAUGGCCGCGGAGAAAAUGUGGGCGGAGCUUAGCCUGCCGAUUCCAAUGAAUUUCAAUCCGUCGGAUCACUAUCUGGCGACGAUGUCAGUCAAAGACGCGAAGGAGGAGAUUUCAAAAAUGGGACAAAUUCAAAAAAUUUGCACGAAAUUCAAAUAUUCGGAGCUGGGAAAAGAGGUUUUCAAGGAGUCGAGUGGACGGGAUGUCGAUGAAAGAGACCGUGCGUAUUCCGAAGACUGGCGUCGUCGUUACGCCUCAAACUUCGGCCGCCCGUCGUUCGGUGCCUCAUUCCUCCAACAAAUCAGUGCUCUGACUUGGAGAGCCUCAAAGACGGUGCUCCGCGAGCCGACACUAUUCAAAGUGCAAAUAUUUCAAUCGAUAAUUAUCGCAGUGCUGACUGGACUGAUUUAUACGAACAAUAGUCCGAUUGAUCAGCAGAAGAUCAUGAAUAUCAAUGGAUCACUCUAUCAAAUGGUCUCCAAUAUGGCAUUUAUGUUUCAAUUCUCCGUGGUUCAUCACUUCUGUCUGGAAAUGCCCACAUUCACUCGUGAAACAUCGUCGCGUCUCUACCGUGUCUCCGCCUACUUCAUCUCGAAAAAUCUGGCCGAACUUCCCUCGUACACUAUCUCGGCCAUCAUUUUCACAUCGAUUUUAUAUUGGAUGUCCGGCCUGAUUCCGCUGAUUGACUCGUUUUUAAUCUACGUUUUCGUUGGAAUUCUAGUUCAAAACAUUGCGAUUUCCAUCGGUUACAUGUUCAGCUGUAUAUUCGGAACUGUCAAUUUGGCGGUGGCCGUUAUGCCCAUUUUCGUCGUCCCCAUGAUGGCGUUUGGAGGAUUUUUCAUCAAUCAAGACACCCUACAAUGGUACUUUGUGCCUCUGAAAUACCUGUCAUACUUUGGAUACGGAUAUGAAGCGAUUGCGAUUGGACAGUGGACUAAUGUGGAGGAGAUACCGGGUUGCACCCCAUCCCUGGACCAAAUUUGCGCUCGAAACGGAACGGAAGUUUUAUCGAAUCUCAGCUUCAAGGCAAACAAUUUUUGGAUCGAUAUCGGUGUGAUGGGCUUUAUGAUUUUCGCAUUUCGAUUCCUCGCCUUCCUCGCUCUCUUCAUUCGUGUCAAGAGACGCAAUUGA